UUAUUAUUAUUAUUAUUAUUAUUAUUAUUAUUAUUAUUUUGUUUAGUGUUCCUAAAUUAAAAAGGAAGCAUGUCUAGUAAGAAAUAUCUAUCAGGUUAUGAAAAACUUAAGAAAAAAAGAAAAAUAGAAAAUUUGAUAAAAACUCAACAAGGAGCUUUAGAUAAAUUUGUUACCACUAGCAAAAGAGAUGAAAAUAACACAAAUAAAGAAAUUAAUGACCAAUUAAAUUUAAAUAAUUUAGGUGAUUAUGAAAUUAUGGUAGAAAAAGGUUUAGAAAAUUGCCAUCAUAAAAUAUGUGAUAAUAUGAUAGUUGAUGAAGAAUGUCGAGAAAAUAAGGAGGAUGAUAUGGAAACUAGAAAUUGUAACAACAAUUUAGAUUAUCUUGAUGAUCCGGGAAGAUGGAAAAAUCUUGAUAAUAAACUAAUAGACUUAUUAGUAGAAAAAGGUCCAAUUAGAUUGAGUGAUAUAGAGUUUCCAAAAGAUGAUGGUAGACGUUUUUCUACUUAUCACUACACUAGAAAUUUAUCAAAUGGAGAACAACAUGAUAGAAAGUGGUUAGUGUAUUCAAAGUGUUUGAAUAAAGUAUAUUGUUUUUGUUGCAAAUUAUUUAGUGUUAAUUCUAGUACGAUGAACCAAUUGAGCAACGAAGGAACUAAAGAUUGGAAACAUCUUGGUGAUAGGUUAAAAAGUCAUGAAACAAGUAACGAACAUAUAAUCAACAUGAGUACUUGGUUUGAUUUAGAAUCGAGAUUAUUAAUGAAUAAAACAAUUGAUAAACAUGCUCAAGAAAGAAUUAAUAAAGAGAAAGAACAUUGGAGAAAUAUUUUAAAAAGGAUAAUUUCUCUUAUAAAAUGUUUAGCUAAAAAUAAUUUGGCAUUUCAUGGGAGUCAUGAAAAGAUCUAUCAAGAAAAUAAUGGAAACUUUUUAAGUUUUAUUGAGAUGAUCACUGAAUUUGAUCCAAUAAUGAAAGAGCAUAUUCGUCGUAUUCAAAAUGGUAAAAUUCAUAAACAUUAUUUAGGACAUAAUAUUCAAAAUGAGUUAAUACAAGUGUUGGCUCACAAGAUAAAAAGUUUAAUUUUAACAAAUAUUAAAGAAGCAAAAUACUAUGCAAUUAUAUUAGAUUAUACUUCAGGAAAAUGUCUCUUUGAUGAACUCAUAAGAAAAUUUAAGAAGUUAGAACUUGAUAUAAAUGAUGUAAGAGGACAAAGUUAUAAUAAUGGAUCUAACAUGAAAGGGAAACACCAAGUGAAAUCAUUAUCACAAACUCGUUGGGAAAGUCAUAUUGAAAGUGUAAAAGCUAUUAUACAUCAAACUCCAAAUAUUAGAGAUGCUUUGUUAGAACUAGCAGACACAAGUGAAGAUCCUAAAAUAAAGAGUGAAGCUAACAGUCUAGUAACUUAUGAACUAGAAGAUUUUGAAUUUUUAUUAGGUAUGACUAUUUGGGAAAAUGGAUUUAUAUCUGCCAUGGCUUCAGCUAAAAAACUUGCAAAUGAAUUGAAAAUAGAACCAACAUUUCGUGAAAAACGUGUGAUUCGUAGAAAGAAACAAUUUGAUGAAGAUGAAUUAGGGUUGCUACCUCUGAAUGGCAAAAUUUUGAAAUUGGUCAAAAAUCUCGCGUUUCACCCCUGGUCGCGACUACAUAAAGCCCUUGUUUCGACCAUAGCCCCUGGUCGCGUUGACUUUGUAGAUUUCAAGUCAAGUUAUUAUCUUAAACAACACGAUACAGAUAAAGGUCGAUAUCGAUUCAUUCUUAGAGCAAACAAAAAAGCUUGGGUAACAGAGUUGGUUGCUAGCAACAAGAGGGGUUGGAGGAAGAAAUAUUGUUUUGUCAAAGGUGACCUGUUUGGAAUGAGUGAUUAUGUGGUUCCUACUUCAUGGAGAACCUUAAGUAAGGGGCUUACUCGAUGUCCUCGCAGGGGGUGUUGGUCUGAAGCUCAAGUUAACGACUUGCUCUCUAUUCCUUUCGAUCAUAGUGCCCAUAAAAAGCUUCUUAUUUUGAAUAAAUCUUGUGUUGGAAAGUUAUGGAGAGGUGCGCAACGUCAAGAAGGUAGUAUUUUUUCACUCAACGUUGUCAAGCGCGCCCCCAUCCUUUUGUUGACCCGAGCCUUAGAGAAGGUUAGUGGUCUAUUCUCUUUGAUUCGUCAUUUAACGGAAGAAUAACAUUUUCUUGUAGACCGUUACUAUAAGAGGAUGACUUUCGAGGUUUGUGGAGCAGAUGAUGCUGUUG